UUCUGAGAUGUUGUGUUUAGGAGGAGAGACAGGCAGCGGGGGCAAUGGACCACUGGUCUUUGGAGAGAAAUGAUCAGUUGAACUAGUGUUGAUUUUGGCCACUUCAGAAUGGGAUCAAGGGAUAUUCCUGGACUUGUCAGGGGCCAGGAGAGAAAAGGAAGGACCCUGAGUGUGUUCCAUCAAUGGUCCCGGAACUAAAAUAGCUAAGGUUAAGUCCGGUGGCUAACUCACAGGCAGCCCCCACUUCUACGAAGCUCCUCCCUCCAGCUAGCUAGGCAGGGUGGAUUAUCGCUGUCCAAGUUGGGUUUGUCCCAGGCUGUUGAUUCACAGCUGAGGAUAGUGGCACAGCUAGUGGCCUGACCUCCCCAGCAGAAAGGGUGCAAGAAGGCUUUUCUAUGGACUGACUGUUCUUCAGACACACAGGCUCUGAGAGACACAUGAAAGCCACCCUCCAGCCAGCCAAGAAUUAGCUGAGCCCCAGAGUGAAUGCUUGUCCACAUUGCUGAGAAUGGCAUCAAGGCCCAGUCCGGUACCAAGACAAGGUUAAACUGGGACACAGCUGCACAGCGAUCCUGAUGUCUGUUCCCAGCGACAUAGUCAAGGCUGUGACAACAGGAGGCCCCAGUUGGUACCAUGGCUUCUGCCGAGCCCUUGACAGCGCUGUCCCGCUGGUACUUAUAUGCCAUCCACGGCUACUUCUGCGAGGUGAUGUUCACGGCGGCCUGGGAGUUCGUGGUGAAUUUUAACUGGAAGUUCCCGGGGGUCACGAGCGUGUGGGCCCUCUUCAUCUAUGGCACGUCCAUCCUGAUCGUGGAGCGCAUGUACCUGCGCUUGCGAGGCCGCUGUCCUCUUCUGGUGCGCUGCCUCAUCUACACGCUCUGGACCUACCUGUGGGAGUUCACCACCGGCUUCAUCCUACGCCAGUUCAACGCCUGUCCCUGGGACUACUCCCAGUUCGACUUUGAUUUCAUGGGCCUCAUCACCCUGGAGUACGCGGUACCCUGGUUCUGCGGGGCUCUCAUCAUGGAGCAGUUUAUCAUCCGCAACACCCUCCGCCUGCGCUUUGACAAAGACGCAGAGCCCGGGGAGCCUGCCAGUCUGCCAGCCCUGGCCAAUGGCCACGUCAAGACCGACUGAGUCAGAAGAUCAAAUGUGAGAACGUGAGGCCUCUCCUAGGAACCCAUGGACAGAGAGGCCAAGCUGGUGGGGUUACCUCUUGGUUCAGCACAAGCCCUGCUCCCAACUGGGUCUUAGCCCAGUAGGGCAAACACAACCACAUGGGAGGGGCAGCGGGAUGAUGUUGGGGAGUUAAGUGUCUAGACAACAGAAGGACAAUGGGACUCGUCCGUGGCUCUCAACCCAUACUG